GAUGGCGGGCAGCUGUCAGUCUUGUCACUGAGCGAGUGGCGUUAGGAUGUACGUGCAGCUUCCCACCAAAUACCUUUGAAUACUAAUGAUGUGGGCGGUUGGGUGGACAUGGGAAGGCCGUGUCGGAGGGAGGGCGUCGGCCCACCGACACCUGCUGCUCAGGUUCUGACACCACCACCACCACCGCCGCCACACGCACCACACGCCACCACACUCACCACGCCACGCUGACACUUCCCGUCACCACACUCGCAAUGAUCUCAUAAAGGAUGUGAUACACAAGACGUGUAUCCAAAGCGACCACGCCUGUCAUAUCACCCAAUGCCCGCGACCUAUGGCACACCUUUCCACAUGACAGUAUAUAUAAUAAUAUAUACAUAUAGGCCUAUAUAUGUACGAGGCAUUACUGGUUCAUUGUUACACGAGUGAUGAAUGGUAGUUUGUAGUAGCAGAGGACACAAGAUAAACACAGAGAGGUAUAGGCCAAGAGCAACAAGUGAGGGUUGCUGGUGUGUUAGCGUCGUCCCCCGCCCCAUCCCGGCCUCCGUGCUCACCUGGGCACGCCAGCCAGGCUAGGCCUACCUGCUGCAGUCACCUGCUUAAGUGUUGAACAUAUUAGAUUUCUGAACUGGCAAGUAUUGGGCAGCUAAGUUGUUGGCAAUUUCUGCCCAUUGUUUAGGCGUUGUUUAUUUGCCGGGUUUACAAGUGAUGUGCAGCUAUUUCCUGGGUUUACACACGCUGUGCGGCUAUUUGCCAGGUUUACAAGUGCUGUGCAGUCAUUUGCUGUGUUGAUAAGUGGUGUGCAGCUAUUUCCCGGGUUUACAGGUGGUGUGCGGGUAUUAUCUGGACUUGAAAAUUGUAUGUGCCGCAGUGUGGCUGUGUAAGUGCGGUGACAUUUUGUAUCUUGUAUAAUAACGGAGAAGCUUGCCGGCAGUUGACCGCGCUGGUCAUCUGGAGUGUAAGUUGGAAGGAACAAUCACAAGGCAAGGAAUUGUGUGAGGAGUGGCCGAGGCCGCAGGCACUAGUGUGAUAGUGCACCUGCCCACCAGUCCUCUACACAAGUGCACUCCCUGAGACAUAGGGCGAGAGGGUUCUCUCCUCACAGGGCUGCCAUCUCCUUGUGUCGCCCCACUACCUCUUACUCCCGCUAACUUUGCCCCCACCGAGAGGAAGGAUGCUCUCUUGUGGGAGAGUCUCAUCCUUUGACAUUUAGAGUGACAUUUAGAAUGGUUUGAUGGGUUAAGGUAUAGCUGGCUACUUCUACCCCGUAGUCGGACUUUAGCUGGUCAUUCUUGGGGCGCCCCAUGACAUUGAUGUAAAGUCUGCCGGACGACAAAUGUGUAGGAGCAGCAAGUGGUGAGACCACUACCAUAGUGAGGACCUGGUUGUGUGCUGGUAGAUCACACCACUCGCACACACCUCACACACUCAGAGGCAGACAACACAACUGUCUUAGUAUCCAGACUAAAGGAUUAAGGUCAUUGUCGGCAAAGGAAGCACAAGGAAAAUGGUGUAAUUAUCCUGAAACAAGCUAAAAUAAACAUAUAAUGGAAAUUUUCAAGCUAUUAAAAAUACCUCGAGUGCAAGUAUUAGUUUAAAUAAGUGUGAAGUGUAAGGAUAAAUAGGCGUAGUGUGAGUGUAGAGCUGCCACGACGAGUGCACAUAACGCAUCAUUAUAUACUGAAGAGAAGCAAGUUAAGAGCGAGGGAGAGGUGAGAGGAGGAGGAGGAGGAGGACGUGUAGGAGGCGGCAACCUCAGGUGCACCAUGGGAGAGCUUCAGGCCACCAUCGAACUGGCACUGCACAUCCACAAGUUCUACAACGUCGACCUCUUCCAGCGAGGGUACUACCAGCUGCGGACGUUCAUCAAAGCCUCGACCAAGCUUCCCGCCAAGAUAGAGUUAAGCCUUCCAAGGAACAACAGCGGGAGUGGACUAGUGUUCCCAGCGUGCGUAGUUAACGGGGCUGCUGUGAGCAAGACCUUCCAAAUCCUGUACCGGAAUGAGGAGGUCCACCUCGACGACCACGUCCUCUUCAAGUUGCACCUCAUCCUCGACGCUCACAAGCUGGCGGAGAGCUUGGACCGGGCAGACCUGCAGCUGGUGGCGGAGCUGUGGUUCACUGAGCACACCUUCGGCCCGGAUCAUCAUAAUGCUAUACAGUGUGUCUCCACCAGGACCCUCAACCUACACUUCUCUCCCACCAGGGGUCUUCACUACCACCUGCCAGUGCUCUUCGACUACUUCCACCUGUCAGCGGUCACCCUCACCGUCCACUGCUGCCUCGUAGCCCUACACCAGCCCUAUAUCAAUGGAGGUCGGAGUGGCAAGUCUUGGAGCUCUCCGCGUCUUAGUACUCGAACGCAGCAGUCCAAUAUGGAGACUGUGUUCUUCGGCACACUCAAUAAUACAAUCAAGUGUGGGGGUGGCGGGGGCAGCAGCAGUGCUUCGUGGCGUCUGGCACAGGCACGAGCAACCCACCGCACCAUCUGCACACUGCUGUUGGCUGCCCACACUGCCUUAGGUGCACAGCUAGAGACCAUUAUGGCUAUCUUGCCACCAUGGGUUGCUAGCAGUGGUAAUGCAGGUGCCGCCUCCACCACUCCCCCUACUCCACAGCCAACACGACUCAAGGUUGAUAAUUUGUCAGAUGUUGCAAAGGAGUGUUACUUCGCUCUCAUCGGAGGACAAACGCCACGCUUUGAUCGCCGGCUUAACGAAAGGACACGGACCGUUGACUGUGAGGAAGAUUUUCUUGUGGCAGCUAACAGUGAUAUAGCACAGCUGUGUGCAGAAAAUAUCCUCCUAUGGCAGCAUUUCCUGAGUGUGGUCAUGAGUUCAGAGCCUGUGAGACAACACCUGGCCAGGCAGCAUCACAUCCAGCGAGUAAAGAGGUUUGCUGAGGCUUUCUUCGUUAUUGAUAAUCCACGACCAUCAGCAAGUGGGUGCUAUGAUAGCAAUUACCAAAACUACGUUGCAGUAUCAGAAGCAGUGAGACGUUCUCGUUACUUCAAUCUCAUGCCACCACUUACUAUUGAAUGUACUGAGAUGGAUGGUGAUGUAUCCACUCUGCCUGUUAUUUUUGAAGACCAGUACCAGCAUGUAGCAGAGUUUGCCAGAAGGAGGUCAAUUGUCAGCAGAAAGUCAGAAAAUUACCUCAGUGCUACAGACAUUCAGCUGGCUAUGGACCAAUUAGAUGCAGAAAAUGGGAAAAGGGAAGUAAUUCCCCCAGACGUCACCAGACCAGAGCCUCAGAUCCGUAAUGGCUUAAAAUCUUCAUUGGUGGAGUCUCACAUUGCAGUUCUCUCACAGUUAGAGGUUAAAUCAGGUGCAAAUCAUGACUCAAAAUCACUUACCAGUCAUGAUAACAAGUCGCUCACCAGCACCAUAUUUGAUUCAAAGGCAGCAAGUACGAGUGGAUAUGAAUCACGUGGAACAAGUAAUAAUGAAAUGAAGACUUCUAAAUUGAUUGCAAAAAACAAUAAGUCACAAGUGCAUAGUGUCAAAACAUCUAUUCAGAACUAUGUGAUGGAUAAAGAAAAUAUACCAGCUAAAGAUCCCAAGUCAACAUUUAAGACACAUGCCAAAAAUGGAGAAGGACGGUCACGCAGCAAUGAUUCUAGAGUGUCAUCUGUUCACAGUGGUGGGAGUGGAAGCAGCAAGCAUACACUUGGCAGUGGGUCUGAAAGUGAUGAAAAAACAUUGGAGUCACGAACUUCUAAGGGAUCAAAGGGUUCUAAAUGUUCAGAAGGUUCAGGAAAUAAGGAGGAAUCAGAUUCCGAAGACAAACCUCCAUUGCCGCCACGAACAGACAAGAUGCCAAAGGAUUUCAAACCUCCCAUUCCACCUAAAACACACAAACUUCCAAUGCCCAGAAAUAGUUUAAAAGAAAAAUUAAAAAAUAAUUUGAAAUUAGAAUUAAGGCUUCCAGCUAAUCAAGGUUCAGCUUAUAAGAGAGCAAAGUUUAAAUUAAAGCUGAUACAACGUGCACAGCAGCUUAGAUCGAGUAGCUCAAGCAAUCAGCACAAGAGCAAAAGAGCCCAAGCAAAUGCCAUUGCAGAAAACGUAGUUCUUCUAAAAUACCGUCGGCUGGAACCCUCAUUGAGUAUGCCAUAUAACCUGGGAGCUCAUACUCCUGGCAGUGGAAGUGGUGGUGGAGGAGAUCAACUAAUGAGACACUCCCAAAGUACAUUGUCUAUGCCCUCCUUCUUGUGGGAGGUUGCAAAUGCUGCCUCUCCUGGGAUUACUGAGUCCAUGCCAGAUCUUUUGGCCACAGACUCUGAAACAUCAUCAGAGAUUAACCAGAAAGGACCAGUACCUCCCCCACCAAGACCAAUGAGAUUAGAUCGCACCCCUCCUACCCUUUCCAACGUUGAAGUUGGCUUAGUAUCUGCAUCAGAUUCUACAUUAUUACAAAUUGGUAGAGAGAAGGUUGAACCAAUUACUUUAACUAAGAAAAUUACAUCACCUGUUAAGAAGACACCUGACAAUCCUAAACCUCUUAUCCUGCAACAGGACUCUUCCUCUAAUAGUGAUAUUACCUCAGAACAAAGUGGUUGGGUGUCAAAUUCUAGUCGGCAGAGCUCAGGCUCAUCAAGUGGUCAGAUCAGUCCAGAUUUAGACAUUAAACAAUUUCCAAUUAAAGACAUGCUCUCAGCUGCUUCCACUGCCCAAUUUAAAAAAAAUGGAGUUAGUAGCAAUGGUUCAAAUUCCAAUGGAACUAAAUGCAAUGCACACAAGUCUAGUGGAACUAAAGGUAACGGUACAAAAGCAAAUCGAACAAAAAAUAAUGGUAUAAAAAUUAAUGGACCACAAACACCAAAGACUCCAACAAAUGAAACACCAGUAAAAGCUAUACCUGUAGUUAAGUACAAAAGUAAGCAAGGGUCAAAAAGCCCAGCAAAUCAAAGAGUUAGCCGGUCAGAAUGUCGGACUCAGGGGCACAAAUCAGGUGUGAAGGAGGCAACUCAGAGGUCAGCUUCAAAUGAUCAACUGCAGGUCAAACAAAGGAAAGGGCAGCACAAAAAGGAAGUGAAGAAGUCACAAUCAUUACAGAAAGUAAAUAAUAGUAAUCGAGCAGAACCUCAUGUUUAUGAAGAAGUACCCUUGCCACCACCACCAAAAGAGUUCCAAGAUCCAUUGCCAGGCCUUCGAGAAGCUUUGAAAAGAGGUGGAUUUGCUACCACUGGAAGGAUACCUAGAGAAGACAGAGGUGCUAAACAUACAAUUGGUGGAUACAAGGAUAGACCAAGAAGUGAGAGUCCAAAAACAGAAACUGGUCGAAUCCAAAGAGAUGAUGGAUAUAAGAGUGAGCGUAGUCAUGGUAGUUCACGGACUGUCACACCCAGACAUAGCGGUGAGUUUGAAUUGGAAGAUAUGUCAAAUGUGUAUGAAAGUGUCAGUGAAGUUUUAAAUGAUGUUAAGAGGACUACAAGAAAAUCAGGGCAUGGACAUGAUAAAUUUAAUUCCUUGCCAUCUAUGAGAAGAAGACAUCAAGUCACUUCUGGUCCAGGAAGACCAGAAAAAAGGGGUCCAAGUAGAAAAACAGCAGGUACUCCUGAUCGGUUAUCUGAGCCUACACCCACAAAAUUAAAUCAGCACAGCAUAAAUGGAACAGAGCGUGUACGGACUCAAUCAGCCCCUCCCCCAAAUAUAGAUAAAAGUGAUUCAUUUAGGGAAUAUCAUGGCUCUCAUGACAAAGACUUAAAACCCCAAAGGAGAUCAGACCCUCUAACGACAAAAUCUGACCCUCUUACUCACUUAACUGAUAGUAAAUGUACGUUGCUGGAACUCUUUUUAGAGCAGCAAGGAGCUAGUGUGUGGGCUCACCGGGAAGCACAGCGGGAAUUGCUCAAAGCUGCUCAAAGUGCUGCCAAAAAAGAAGCUUUAAAUAACGAGUCGAGAUUUCUACAGGAGGCUGCAAGAAAAGUAGAAGAGCAUUCAAAGCUCAACUCUGAUAUAAAAUCUAAGCCAGACAUUAUGAAUGAUGGCUUUGAUGACAGUUUAUCAGACAUUCCUCCACCCCCUAGACCACCUUCACCAAGAGAGAGAAGCGAGCCCAAGUGUACCUGUCCAUCUGAACUUAGAAAAGAACGGGGCCGCAUGGAGGAUCCCCCAGACCUCCUUCCUCCCAGGCUACACCCACCAGUGGCAGACACAUUGGCCUUUGUCAAAGCCAAAGAAGAGUUCAAACAACAAAUAAACUUCCAAGGACUACUGUAUAGUGAUUUCUCAGGUCUGGCAUCAACUGUUCCAUACUUCCAUGUGAGCGAUGACUGCCGAGUGCUGUCGCCAGAUGGUCUCCACCUCAUUGUCUGUGUUCAUGGCCUUGAUGGCAACUCUGCUGACCUCAGGCUAAUUAAAACCUAUCUAGAGAUUGGCUUGCCAGGAGCUAAUCUUGAUUUUCUAAUGUCAGAGCGAAAUCAAGGAGAUACAUUCUCAAAUUUUGAAACUUUGACUGAGCGUUUAGUAUCAGAAAUUUUAUACCAUAUUGAAGCAUACAACCUCAACCCUAAACGUAUUUCAUUUGUGGGUCACUCCCUGGGAAACAUUAUCAUCCGAGGGGCUGUAUCACACCCACACAUGAAGCCCUUCCUGCCAAAACUUCACACAUUCCUCUCCUUGUCUGGACCACACCUCGGCACACUCUACAACAAUAGUGGACUUGUCAACAUGGGGAUGUGGUUCAUGCAGAAAUGGAAGAAGUCAGGUUCGUUACUGCAACUGUCUCUGAAGGAUCGUGUUGACAUACGCCAGACUUUCCUAUACAGACUCUCUCAGAGGUCACAGCUUCACCACUUUCGUAAUGUCUUGUUGUGUGGGUCAUCACAAGACAGAUAUGUUCCACUACAUUCCGCCAGGAUUGAACUCUGCCGACAGGCUAUCAAAGAUGCCUCCGUCAUGGGUUCUGCAUACCGUGAGAUGGUGUCCAACCUCCUGCAGCCAAUCAUUAGCUCUCCGUCUGUGACGCUUGUACGGUAUGACAUCCAUCACGCUCUGCCCUCAACUGCCAACUCUCUCAUUGGCAGAGCUGCUCAUAUUGCUGUCCUCGAUUCAGAACUCUUUAUCGAGAAGUUUCUGUUAGUAACAGGACUGAAGUACUUUAAGUAAUGGUAGCUUUGUAUGUAGCAUUUCAGGUAUUGAUAUUUUAUAUUAGUGACAAGCCUUGAGGGCAACUUUGAUAUGUAUGAAUUAUGUAAAAAUGUAAAUAUGGAGUUUACAUAGGUAUCCAUAGAAAGUUAAUUUCAUGUACCUGGAUAACACUAUUUAACAUCCUUGUAAGUUUAUCAAGGAUACAUACUACAAGGACUCGAGAGUCUAUUGUUGGGCAAAUGUAAACACUAAAAUACAUUGGCAGCUACACAGAAAUUAUUGAGACUAACAUCUUGGUGUUAGUGUGACAGAUUUUAGCAACUAAUGUUUAAUAUUUGCAUAACAAAAUUGCAAUAAAGUUAUUAUGUAUAUAUUAUCUUUAUCUAAAUUACAUUUAAUAAAUAGCACUUUUUAUUGGGUUUCAUAAGAAUUGUGUGCAUAUUUUUAAAAGCUUGUUGUUACUUUGGCCAACAAAUUCUGGUAUUUCUAAAGAUAUUACAUAAUGGUGAAUUAUCAUUUAUAUCAAGAGUGUGUUUAUAAGUCAGUACAGUAUCUUAUGUAAUUUCAGUGGGUUAAUAUCUUUUACUAAAUAAUGUGGAAUAUUCAUGAUGCCAGAAAAUUCUUUCUCCAUGAGCUGCUAACUCAAUUUGUUUGUAUUGAUUUGUUAAACCUUAGUUUCACAGAUUGUGAAUCACCCACAAGUGAAAUUCAGCUCAAGUGCCAGCUCACAUGCCAGUUAAAGUGCCAUAGUUUGAGCAAUUUUACAAACAUUUCUUUGUCAGGGCCAGGAUUCAUCAGGUAUUUAUGCAACCACUUAUGAAACCUAUACAUCUUAACUCAAUCAUGGCAGCUUUGUUACAUUCAUUAAACAGUUUAUGAGCUCUGAAGCUUUACUAGAAAAAGCUGGAUAUUUUUCUUCAAGAAGACAGACCAUCUGGGCUGUAGUGGAUUUGUGGCCCUGCGGGUCACUCCAAGUAAUAGACUGUUGGACAAAGUUCACACAAGUCAAGCCUGGCCCCGGGCCGGGCUUCGGGAGUAGAACAACUCCCAGAAACCCAUUCAAGUACAAUCUAGGUGCAAGAUUGUGUGUAACAUAACCUUGGGUUGUGGUUAGUUGAUUUGUGAAGUUUUGUCGCUUGUAAACUGUUUAAUACUGUACAGUAUAUGUAAACAAAGCUGCCAUGAUCUAGGGAAGAAGUGCAGAUUUUGUAGGUGGUUAUGAGUAAAUGCUUUAUGAACCCUGGCUCAUGUUUUUAUACCAGCAUGUUUUACCUCUCAGUUUUUCAUAUCUUGUUUGGUUUCUCAUAACCUACAAGUUAUUCACUUGUGCACCUGGCAUUAUAUUUUUUGGCUUUAGAGAUUCUCUAGUUUACUGAUGAUUCAGAUGUUUGCUUCCUGCUUGUUGGCACCACCAUGGUAAGCCUUAGAGUUAACUACAUGUACAUUGGUUCCCAUGGUUGACUUAACAUAAUCUUCACUGCAUGUUGGUGCCCCUCAUUGGUUAAAUUUCCAUUUAAUAACUGCUUGCACAUUCCUUAAUUUACGAAACCUACACACAGCUGUGCACACGUUGGUGCCACCAGUGUGUUGAAGGUACAAGUCUUAGUUACCUGCACAAUGGUACCCUUAUUUGUGGGCCUUAUGAGGUGUUGGCUACCUGCAUAUUGGUGCCACUCAUUUGCUUAAGUACCAGUUGUUUCAAAUAAAUUAACUUUUAGUAUAAAUAUGUUCUGAAAGCUGUGAAAAGUUAAAUCAGUGCCACUACACUACUAUGUAGGAGGUGGAAGCAUAUGCACAGUAUCAUUCUCCACUGAUACCUCACACAAAUAAUAUUCAUCUGGUUUAUAGAGCACACAGUUGUAGUGCACAAGUAUGAGAAUUUUGAUCAUUUAUUCAAUUAAUACUCUACCACAAGGGGUAAAUAUUGUUUUUCAUAAGAUUUGGAGUGUACAUGCCUAAGCACAGAUGUUGAGUGUUUCAUAAUGGCUAACAAAAGUUAAAUGAAUGUAGAAAAUAGGUCACAAUAAUGUAGCUGAAAAACACAAUUCACACAAGAAAUGAAAGUGAUGUCAUUUCAGUUUGCCGUGAACCCUUAUCCCGACUUGAUAAGGGUCCAGGACUGAGAUGUCAUCACUAUCAUUUCAUGUGUGUGGGUUGAAUUAAUUAAAUGAAAGUGUCACAUGUAAGUGUUCAGACCAAAAUUUUUCACAGUAGGAUGUCAAAAUAGGUGAGCGAGGCUGGAGCUCGAUGAGAGUUAAUUUAACCCUUAAAGUGCGCUUGCCUUAAUGGCCUUCAACACAGCCAGGUGCAAGAAAUAUUUUUU